CUAGCCCAGCACUGCAGUCAUCCAGACGUUGCGUUUGCGGCACCGACCAAAGUCGGAAGUUGAAAGGUUUCGACUCAGAAGCUCUUAUUUUUAAUUCUAGCAGCGUGGUGGAAACUGCCAGGCAACACUCGUGGAAGACUUUCACCCCUUUCGCACUCCUUCGGCGAGACCGAUGCAAGAGAGAAUUUUUAAGAUUUGAACAUUUCAGGCAAAAUGCUUCCGCGUGGAUUGGAGUAAAUCUGUAAACGGAGUGUUGAACAACACGGUGUGUUGAUUGUGCGCGAGUUUCUUUCUUUCUUUCCUUAUUUAUUUAUUUAUUACAAGACGAUGGUUUUGACGCACUUGCUGCUGUGUGCCGGGAUGUUGAUACUGCGUCCGUGUGGCGCAUACUACAGCGGACCUCUUCAACCAGAGAUGUCGAAUGGCACUUUUCAUCAUUACUUCGUGCCGGACGGUGACUACGAGGAAAACGACGACCCGGAGAAAUGCCAGCUGCUUUUCCGAAUGACCGACGAACGAAAGUGUGGUCCCGACGAGGACCAGGACUCGGUCAUCCGGGACGAUUUCACCAUCAUCAAGCGGCAGAUUGAGGACUCUGCCCGGGUCCUGGAGGGGCUCGGGCGGAGUGUAUCGUACGACCUGGACGGAGAGGACAGCUACGGCAAAUAUCUGCGGAGAGAGACCACGCAGAUAAGCGACGCGUUCACGAACUCCGAGAAGUCCCUGCUGGAGUUGGAGGUGAAGUUCAAGCAGAGUCAGGAGAGCGAGUUGAAGGAAGAGCAUCGGCUCAGCGACGACUUCCUCAACAUGAUCGUGAGCACUCGAGACGCGCUGAAGGAGACUUUGGACAUUUCUCUGGGCCUGAGGGACAAACACGAGCUGCUCUCGCUCAUCAUCCGCAGCCACGGCACACGGCUCAGUAGACUGAAGAAUGAAUACUUGAAGUUCUGAUAGAAUGUUGGCCUUACCAAAUUUUUAUUUUCUUUUUUUUUUUUUUUUGUUUUGUUCUGUACUUUUCAUGUUGGAGUGUUGUGUUGGAGUUCCUCGACGGAAACUUAACAAAUUGACCCCACACACAAACCAGUACUGGUAUAUCUGCAUAAUGUUGCAUUUACUAAGAUAAUGUUCAAUUUUGGUUAAUUUGAAAUUUUUGUUUAGAAUUGUGGUUGAAAUUUACAGUGGUAAAACCUGUACUGCAUCACACUGGAAGUACUAUUUUGACCUUCUCGUGUAGAAAUUGCUUUCAUUGCGCAAUGGAACACCAUGGUGAACCACAGUAAUAAACUGUAAAAUUAGCUCUCUGACCAUUUGAAUAAAAAAAUAGCAUUAAUAUCUUUUGUACAUAUCAGUGGAUGCUGGCUGUUGUCAAUUGAAAACUCCUCUAAUAUUGGGAACACGCGUUAGUGGAAGAUACAUUACCUUAUACAGUUUUUCCCAUUUCAACAAGUUCAAUUCCUGAUCUUGCAAUUCUAGUCCAUGUGUUUGUCAACCACAUUUAUCAAGUUUGACCGACAAAAAGCAUACACUGAUUAAAGUGUACUUUAGCUAUUAAAAUAAGAUAUCCAGUGGGUCAUGUUUAGUCUAAACUACAAUACUUACUCUCUAAAUAUACACACACACACACAAACAAACCACAGUAUUGUGACUGUGAUAAUAAUAAUCCAAAACAUUUUGUAUAACUGAAGAUCUGCUUCCACCUGCUUUUUAUUAUGUCUACGGAUAUAAAGCAGCCAAUACUUUAAUAUUUUAUACUCAUACAAUACAUUAAAUAGUACAGCUUUGUUUGAACUAAUGAAACAAUUUUAUCUUAUUUAGGGUUCACAAAAGAUAAACAAUUACUAUAACUGUGAGGUUGUCAAAAAUGAUAAUCUUUCAUGGAAAGUGUGGUCUUUUUGAGCUCAGCUAUGUACAGAAGUGUACCCAAGAGCAUCGUGAUUGGUGGGAGGCGGAGGGUCGGAUGUGGAAAAAGUGAUGAUGAUUCUAUGCACCCAUGACCGACAGGGGCCAAGGAGAUUUUAAUGUUGAAAGUGCAAUUUUUUUUUCAGGGCCUCAAAUCUCUGAUGGCACCCCUCAUUAUAAGAAAACUAAGAGCAUGAUCACAGAGCAUCCCAGGCACUCCUUUUACAAAACAUGUGCUCAGCUCCGUGAUCCUUGAGCAGACUCAAUGGAGGACUCACUUUCAGGAAGAUGAGAUAACGGAAAGAAGAAUCCAAACCACAAUAAUUAUUUACUAACAUUUGGAAUGAAUGUUUCCAAUGUAUGAAGGGAUGUUUACACCAAUGAUUUCUAUGAUAGGCCAGUAGACAUUGCACAAUUCUUUUCUGUUUUGGCACUAAAUCUUUAGCUCAAAAUGGAAGGAUUACAGGAGAAAAUAUAAGAUCUGCAGUAUUUUUUUAAUAUUUGUACAAUAUGUUGUGUGCCACUGUCAAUCUUACUAAAAAUUUAACAUGUAUUCUUUAUUCAUGUUGCAUUUGAACCAGAGAAGCAUAUAUGUAUUGUAAUAUAUACUGUACACAUGAGAUAUCAUACUGAUGUAUAAUAAAGAUUAAGACUGCAGGCAGCACUCGAAGG